AUGGUUUCCAUCAAGACAUUGCUCCUGCUGCCUCUUACGCUCUUCGGCGUUGCGUCUGCCAGAAACUGUUCUACAUUUCUCAUCGAAACCACGAUUACCCCGCGGCAAGGACUUUUCCGCGAAAUCCCCAUCGAAAGCAAUGUGGAUGUUGGCGCCUUCGUGUCGCACUUUACCAAGUUCCAGAGCAACUAUACUCAAGAGCUGCUCGAGGGAUACCAGACGCUGGAAUGGACUGUUAAUAUCUCGGCACAGUACUGUCAGCCGCAUGGUAAACACAGCGAUACGAUCCAGCUGUUGAGUCAUGGCGUUGGGUUUGACAAGACUUACUGGGACUUGGAUUAUGAGGACCACAGCUACAGCUACGUCAACACUGCUCUAGACGCUGGCUACAGUACCCUUGCCAUUGACCGUCUUGGCGUUGGAAACUCGACUCACGGGGAUCCAUUGAACGAAGUCCAAGCACACGCCGAAGUCGAAGCGCUCAACGAAAUCACGCUCAUGCUGCGCAAUGGCGACAUUUGCCAGAUCGGGCGCCCUUACGACAAGGUUAUUCACGUCGGCCAUUCCUUCGGCUCCAUCCAGUCGUACUGGCUCUCGGCCAGGUACCCUGAAAACACGGAUGGCGUUAUCCUGACUGGCUUCUCGGCAGCAUCUCAGUUCCUGGCGUACAUCAUUGCCGGCAUGAACAUGCACAGCGCUCGUCUGAACCAGCCUCUGCGUUUCGGCGAUGCCUCCGCCGACAACAUCCGCUGGGUGAUUCAUUACCACGGCGGCUACAAAAAGGUCAUGUGGCUCCUCAAUGAGUUCCUCAUGCAAUCCGGCAUCGACACGAAACCAUCUGACGAAUGGAGCGAAAUCUUGACGACUGAGAUUAUGGAUCUUGUCAACGAAUACGUGGAUUUUGACAGCGACGACUGGAAGCCCGUUUACUCGUAUCACUAUCCUCCAGGAUACAUGACCACCUCCUGCUUUACUGCGUUUCAGUACGGCUUCCUGCAGCCAGGGAACUACGACGUCCAGCUCGGUCUCCAUGCUGAAAGGACAAAACAACCAGUGACGACGGGCGAGCUCUUGACGCUGGCCAGUGCACCCAAGUCAUCGUCCUUCACCGGCCCCGUGCUUGUUAUCAACGGAGAGAACGACGUACCGUUUUGCGGAGGCAACUGCUACGGCCAGAUCGAGGGCGCAAACUUCAGCAAUAUUCCUGAAGCCGUGGGCAUGGCAUUCCCGUCUGCUUCUGCGUUCUUCUCGUAUAUCCAACCAAACACCGGUCAUGGCCUCAACCUCCACUACAACGCGACGGCGGGAUACCAAGUCAUGCAGGACUUCUUGGCAGCAAAUGGCCUGUCUGCUUAAAGUUUUACGCGCCAAUUUCAUUCCAUCCUUUUCUUCCUUUCCCCCUCUUUCUUGACCUUGGCUGAGAGCAGCGCCCUGACGCGCACUCCUGCAAGAGCAGCGGCGUGAAGCCUGG